AUGGGGAUGCCAGAGGACUUAGCAGUGUCCAGGAAAGUGAACUUAUCAACAGUCGGUAAAACAACCUUUCUGGACUCGGAGUUCCGAUACACACUCUUCCCAGUUUUCUACGGUGUUGUGUUUGUCCUUGGGCUGAUAGCCAACAGUUACGUGCUGUUCGUGCUGCGGCGCAUGCGCAACGCCAAGGCCAUGAACGAGAUCCGCAUCUACAUGGUCAACCUGACUGUGGCCGACCUCCUCUUCGUGUGCGCCCUCCCCUUCUGGAUUGGCUACUACCACUGCAGCGGCGACUGGCGCUACGGCGACUUCCUGUGCCGUGUCACCGGCGUGUUCUUCUUCAUCAACACCUACUGCUCCAUCCUCUUCCUCGCCGCCAUCAGCGUCAACCGUUACUGGGCCAUCACGCGCCCGCUUGAUGCCGCCUCGUCCGACCGUUGGCGCCGCGGAGUGGCUGUCACCAUGGUUAUCUGGGCGCUCACUCUGUCCAUGUCCGUGCCGCACCUCUUGAAGACGGACAUCCAGGUGGAUGAGCGCAACGUGUCGCGCUGCUUCGAGGGCUACCACCACAAGACUGACGACGAAAAGCGUACAGUGGCCACCAUCCACCUCAUCAUCGUGGUGUGCUUCGUCUUGGUCUUCUUUGUAGUAGUAGUCUGUAACCUGCUCAUCUCCCGGGCACUGCUCGCCCAGUCCCCUAUCCAGACUCGGGGCUCUAGUUCAUACAUGCCCCGGGGGGUGAAGGGCCAGGCCCUGCAGAUGCUGUGUGCCGUGGUGGGGGUGUUUGUGGUGUGCUUCCUCCCCCACCACGUGGUCCAGGGUCCCUGGACUCUGGCUGUACUGGAGAUCAAGGAGGGCUGGGGCAGUAUGGACUGGGACCAGCGGACCAGGCAGUGGCUUAACGACGUCCACCAGGUCACCUUGAUGCUGAUGGGGCUCAACUGCCUCCUGGACCCUGUGGUCUACUGCUUCGCCACCAGGAAGUUCCGCCUGUACAUCAAGGACCAUCUGAAAAUGUUGAGGAGGUGCAAAGGAUGCUCGGAAACAGCCAUCACACAGAUUUCUAUGGUGGAGUGCAAGAUUAUGAGCCAGCGGCUCCAUAACGAGCAGCAGCAGCUCCAGAUUUUAAAUCUCUAG